UAAAGGUAACUGAACAAGGAAGCACGAGAGCACUGCAUGGUUGUCGUUUGCUCCCUGUGACAAAAAAAAAAGCUCAUUCCCAUAUCCCUUCGAAUACAUUGGCUAGAGGAAACAGUAGAAAAGUCCACCGUGAAUUCCAAAGCGUUCCUGAAUUUGAUGUGUUUUUAUGGUACCAGAGUUCACGUGAAGUUCAAGGAGCAGCUGGAGCAGAGAGAAAACCUGCAAGGACCCGCUAAUAACCUCCGGACACGCAGACCUUGUCAUCAGCCCUCAAGAGAUGACAGAGGCCAUGUUCGGGACAGGGAAUGAUCAGUGGGUCUGUCCCAACGACCGGCAGCUGGCCCUUCGAGCCAAGCUGCAGACAGGCUGGUCGGUGCACACCUUCCGUACAGAUCGACAGAGGAAAAGCCAGAUGCUGGAGCAGCAGGAGGUGGAGAUCAUCCUUAGUGUCAUCCGCAGGGCUGAGCAACUUGAGCAGAUUGAACAGCUCCGCAUCGGGAGGCUGGUGGAGCGUCUGGACAACAUGAAGAAGAGUGCGCUGGGGAAUGGCCUGUCCCAGUGCCUGCUGUGUGGGGAGGUCCUGGGCCUCCUGGGAAACCCGUCCAUCUUCUGUCAGGACUGCUGCAAGAAAGCAUGCACCAAAUGUGGCAUUGAGACCCAGUGCAGUCAGAAAACAACCCAGUGGCUGUGCAAGAUCUGCAGUGAACACAGAGAGGUGUGGAAGCGCUCUGGAGCCUGGUUCUACAAGGCCCUGCCCAAUUACGUGCGCCCAGGGAAGGAGGGGCAGAGUGGUGCAUUUCUCGGACUGCAAGGGGCCCAGAGAGGAGGGCAGAAGAUGGCCAAGAGUUCCACAGUCAGUCAGACCUACACAUGGGCAUACAGCAAAGUGGUGUCGAGUGGCAGCGAGUCGGACCACAGUGAGGGCAGCGUGGAGAGCAAGGUGUCCGGCCCCAGUCUCCAUGAGAGCAAGCAGCGCCCCGACUCAGUGUUUAAUGGGGGGCCUAUCAGGACCCCCACUGGGUUGGGCUGGUGCCCACAUGGCAGCCUGCUGUCAGAAAGCUGCUCCAGCCUAGCCAGCGAGCCUCCCCACAGCACCGCCCCCCUAGCAGCCCCACCUGAGGACUACGACACAGACCACAGCCGGCCCUCCUCUAUACCCCCCGUCCUCAUCCGGGCCAGCUCGCUGCGCUCGUCCUCGGCCAGCCACAACUCUGGGGAUGACCCGGCAUGCUCCCACACCGAUGACGACCCAGGCCGGGCCUUUGGCGGUGCUGCCGCCGCCCUGUCACACGCAGCAACCGGCAAGAAGGAGGAGGAGCCGGACAUGGAAGGCUAUGACUCUGACGACUCAACUACGUUGGGCACCCUGGACUUCAGUUUACUGUAUGACCAGGAGAACAAUGCUCUGCACUGUACCAUCAACAAAGCCAAGCUCCCCAUCCCCAGGUAUAAGAAGGGGCUCAAACCCAUGGACCACAACGGGCUCUCGGAUCCGUAUGUCAAACUGCACCUACUGCCUGGGGCCAGUAAGGCCAAUAAACUUCGCACCAAGACCCUGCGCAACACCCUCAACCCUGUCUGGAGUGAGACCCUGACCUACUACGGCAUCACCGAUGAGGAUAUGGUCCGCAAAACACUCAGGAUUUCAGUGUGUGAUGAGGACAAGUUCCGCCACAAUGAGUUCAUCGGUGAGACGCGCAUCCCCCUCAAGAAACUCAAGCCCAACCAGACCAAGAACUUCUACAACUGCCUGGAGAAACAGCUACCUAUUGACAAGACAGACGACAAGUCCCUGGAAGAACGAGGGCGCAUCAUGAUCUCCCUCAAGUACAGCUCCCAGAAGUCUGGCCUGGUGGUGGGCAUCGUCCGCUGUGCCCACCUCGCCGCCAUGGACGCAAACGGCUUCUCAGACCCCUAUGUCAAAACGUACCUGAAGCCUGAUGAGAACAAAAAGUCAAAACACAAGACUGCUGUCAAGAAGAAGACCCUUAACCCAGAGUUUAACGAGGAGUUCUUCUACGAAAUCAAAUACGCCGACCUCAGCAAGAAAACCCUGGAGGUAACUGUGUGGGAUUACGACAUCGGCAAGUCCAAUGAUUUCAUAGGUGGUGUGUCCCUGGGUAUCAGUGCAAACGGGGAGAGGCUCAAACACUGGUUCGACUGUCUCAAAAACAAGGACAAGAAAAUUGAGCGAUGGCACACACUGACCAACGAACUUCCUGGUACAACAUGCAAUGACUAAUGGCCCCUCCCCACUACCUACUGUGGACAGGAGUUCAGCCUUGAUCGACACACUCCAGCUUUCCCGUUUCCAGAGACGUUUAACAAAUCAAAGCUCUUCUUUUCUGUAUUUCUAUCCUAAGGUUUUGGUCUCAUCCGUUAUCUUCUAUCCCUUUCUGAUAAUGUGCUGUGUCUUUAGGGCUUUGCUGCACAAAACUAGAAUGAGAUGAGAAUCUAUUUCUGUGGUUUGCUGUCCGGCGAUGCAUAUUCACUAGGUUUACUGGCAGCAGUUUAUUGGCAGAUUGUGGGGAGUGUGCACUUUGUUGAAAUGAAAGGAGAAAAGGGUGGAUUAUUUACUUCAGACACAAAAGUAUAUGUAUUGUUUAAAGUCUAGGAUGCAGCUCCACACACCUCUGCUGUUCCUCUGAAUUUCAUGUUUGCCAGAGAAAGGGAGCUAAAGACCCAUGUAAUGUGUUUUAUAGUAAGCCUACUUUCAGGUCAUUGCAAAUGUCUAAUCCUGUGAAGGGUUUGGGCUAAGGGAGGGAAAUGUGGAAGGGGAGGGGGCAAGGCAUUUUAAUAUGCUAGCUCUAAGUACUGUAUCUCGUUGCUUAUGUGUUUCAGUUGUUUUUUAAGUAGUGUAAAAUGUACGCCACCCCAGUCAGUAUAUCAGAUGAAUGUAGGGUGCUUUUUGUUAUUGAACUAGUUCACACAUAAAACUCAAGGUCUGAUAAAUAUCAGAGUUGCGUUGGAUAGCAUGGGAGGAAGAGAAUUGAACUUCUGCAGCCUAAUGGCAAACUGUUUUUAUGACGUUGCCUGAGGCGGAAUAUUACCAUAAAUCUAUAUUUUUACAUUUC